AUGUCACAGAGGGAACCAAGCGGCCCCAGUAAAGCAGACCCCCCCGAAGAGAAAAUAGAGGCAAGGCCUUAUUCUCCAAUAUACCCUAAAUUGGACGUCACACCUCCCCCAUAUCCGACAGUACAAACACAGAUGCCUCUUAUGUACGUCCACGAAGGAGUAAUGGACAUGUCUGAGGUAGGAGGUGAAGAAUAUAGAGCAGUGAGACACAGAUUGAGAGCAGUAGGACAGGACGGUAUUGCCACCAUGAAGGAACUGACGAGGCAAAUUGAGGAGAGCAUAGUGGAAGCAAAGGAAGAGACAAGCAGGGUAAUAGGGGAACAUAUUGAGAGCAGGGAGAGGCAGAGACAGGGGAGACCGUUACUUAUGGAACAGCCAAAAGCCCAAUCCACCCCAGUUGAGGGACCAGGGUGGGGAACAAAAGAACCACACCCAUCUAGUCAGCACGGAGAGGAGGGGUUCGCAGACAGACACCAUAGACAGUUGACAGAGGAAUUGAACAGGGGACAAGUGGUGAGGGAAAGUGAUGAGGAAGAGGAGGAAGAAGAACAUAGGGAGGGGGACCAGGAUUAUCCAGCCUCCUUCAUAGGGACACUUACAGUUCAUACAGAGCACACUUUUCCACACGCUACACAAUCAGAUUCCCCGUAUGCGCUGCGCUCAAGAGAUAAGUCGCGAGCACCACAUAAAAUGCAGAUGCCGUUAAUAUACAAGGGGGCCCACCUAGGUGAUGUUUAUCAACCCUUCUCCUUCACUGAUAUGAAUUGCAUCCUGGAUAAGAUGCCUCCCCCCACUGAGGGGGGGGGGACAUGGAUGACAAAGUUUUGUCAAUACACGUUAGGCCAUAAACUAGCACUGGGAGACUGGAGAGCAUUGUUGGGGAAACAGUUGAGUUUGUGGGAAAUUAAACCGAUUGAAAGUACUGCUGCGACAAAUACUCUACCCGACUCAGAGGCGUUUGCACCACAUGCCACAGACAUCGGGGGUGCUAUGAGGGAACGAUUUCCAAUUCCACAGGGGGCGAUGCACUCACUCACUUUCCAUUUUAAAGAGGGUGAGGACAUGUCUGCUUUUCUGAUGAGGUGUAAAGGUGCGUGGACUGACACAGCAGGGAGUCAUCCAGGGUCAGGCCAAUUACAGACAACAUUGUUUAGAAAAGCCAUCAUGACAGGAAUGCCAGAGGCCGUUAAAGAAGCCAUGGAAGGCAACCCUGACAUCCCAGACCCCCUCCACACAACCCUGUAUUACGAUAGAGAAGGUAAUGAGCUUUAUCAACAAGCAUAUUAUCAAGAGCUAGAAGGGACACACUGGAGCAUUUCCUCUAGCAGUAUUGUUGUUGGGAAAGAAGGCGUGGCUGCUGUGGUUGAACUUACAAAAGAACAGAUGGAAUGGUAUGAGAUGCACAGUGAAGCGGUGCCUCAUAUUACCUUGGCUGUGCAUGCUAAACAUCAGGCCAAAGACUUAGGCCCGAUGACCAAACGCCUACUGGCGAUAACAGACUGGGGGUGGACUCAACUCCCCAGUCUGCAGUAUUCACCAUCAGAAGGGGCUUAUCGGAUUGUGCAUAAUACCACUGAUAAGGUGUUACUAGAGCAUAGGCAAAUUGAAAGGUGUCAUGGCAGGAAAAAGACAGACCAUCCCCAGGCUGCCGCUAUACUUGAUGCCCUCCCAACUUCUCUGUGGUCAACAGGACCUACAGAUGUUGGACAUUGUUCACACAUUGCACCAAUCACAUUUGAGAUAACUGAUCACACUCCUAUUUGGCAAACACAGUAUUCACACAAACCAGAGGCUGAAACUGGUAUUGCUGACACAAUCGAAGGAUUAUUAGCAGCGGGGGUGUUAGAGCCCUCCCAGUCACCCUGGAACACUCCAAUUUUGCCAAUAGAGAAACAAAAUACGGGCAAGUAUAGGAUGGCACAUGACCUUAGACGCAUUAACAUCAUUGUCUCCACCCCAACAGUCCCAGUUCCAAAUCCAUACACUGCUAUGUCUGUACUGACCCCGGACCACAAAUGGUUCUCCUGCAUAGAUCUGGCCAAUGCAUUUUUCUGUCUGCCAUUAGCAGAACACCUCAGAGAUAUUUUUUCCUUCUCAUACAAAGGUAGAAAACUUCGUUAUACAAGGGUUCCUCAGGGUUUCAUCUUAUCGCCAGGCAUUUUUAACCAAGUACUGAAACAACAAUUGGCUGACUUUACACUUCCAAAAGGGGUGGUGUCGAUCCAGUAUAUGGAUGACAUUCUCUUGGCUGCUCCUGACCAUGUGUUGUGUCUGGAGGCCACAAAAUCUUUACUCAUGCGACUAUACCACAUUGGUUUCAAAGUUUCAAGAGCUAAAUUGCAAUGCUGUCGGCAAACGGUUUCUUUCUUGGGUAGAGUCAUAUCCGUCACAGGUACAGGUGUGUCCCCGUCUCAUAGAUCCUCCAUCUUACAUCAUGUUAAACCUAGUACAGUAAAGGACAUGCUUUCAUUCCUGGGUUUGACAGGUUACAGUAGACACUUCAUUGCCUCUUAUGGGGAACUCACCUCCCCUUUAAGGGCAAUGGUUAACGAACAGGGAAUGAGGAAUUUGUCAGCCAAAUUACACUGGACGACAACAGCAGAGGAGAGUUUUAUCUCUCUUAAACAAUCCCUGACGUAUGCUGCUGAUCUGGCCGUUCCUGACUAUACAGAUCCAUUCUUCCUAGAUGUUUCUGAAAAAUUACACACAGUAAAUGGUGUUCUUUUUCAGAAAAAAGGGGGAUGUAGGCAGGUACUGAUGUAUAUAAGUGUUACUCUUGAUCCAACAGAGGACAGACACCCGCCAUGCACACGACAUGCAGCAGGGGUAGCAAAGAUUCUCCAAAAAGUAGCACACCUAGUCAUGGGAUACCCACUCACAGUGUUAACAACACAUAGUAUAGUGGCAUUUGUGAAUUCAACAGCCUUCACAAUGACAUCACUAAGACAGACCAGAUUAGAAAAAAUUCUAAACGCGCCACACAUCACGUUUACACAUGAAGGAAUCAACAUGGCUGAUAACAUGGGGGAGGGAGAGCCACAUAGGUGUGAGGAAAGGGUACAGAGAGAUAUCAGGGUCAGAGCAGACUUGCAAGCAAAACCAAUCACAGACCCAGAAGAAACUUUGUUCACAGAUGGGUGUUGCUACAGACACCCCACAGAAGGAUUAAAAGCAGCAUAUGCAGUAAUAAGGCAAACAGAAGACGGGUUUGAGGAAGUAUUGACAGGCACAGUGGAAGGGAAAGAAUCAGCUCAGCUAGCAGAAUUACAAGCAAUGGUAGCAGCGUUAGAAUGGGCAGAAGGGAAGAGAGUGAACAUUUAUACCGAUUCAGCAUAUGUGGUGGGAGCGAUACAGGUAGAAUUGAGUCAAUGGAUCAGAGCAGGAUUUUUUACUGCAGCCAAAACGCCCAUCAAACAUGAAAAAGACAUUAAAAGGUUAGCAGAGGCCUUAAUGAAACCUGCAGAAAUAGCAGUCAUUAAGUGUAGGGGUCAUGAUAAAGCAGAGACCACAGUAGCAAAAGGAAAUCAGGAAGCAGACUCAGCAGCUAAAAAAGCAGCAGGGUAUACGGCUCAAAACAUGAUGAUACAGACCGAGAAAACAGUGUAUGAUUUGUUACCGGCAUGCGAUUUAAACAUGUUAAUAAAAGAGCAGCAGAAAGCCUCCCCUCAGGAGCUAACAGUGUGGAAAGAAAGGGGGGCUAAGGAAUCCGAGGGGGUUUGGAGGUCACCGGACGGUCGACCAGUGUUGCCCCCCGGAUUGAUAGCGUCCACGCUCCACGAAGCACAUGGUCUUACACAUUGCGGAAAAACACAGAUGCAGAGACAUCUGACACAUUGGUGGCAUCCGUUUUUGCCAGCAAUGAUCGAGAAUCAUAUCAGAGAGUGUAAAACGUGUACAGAAUACAAUGUGAGAGCAACAGUGAAGCCGCAUGAAGGGAAAUUUCCUCUUCCACAAAUGCCAGGGCAAGAGAUAGUGAUUGACUAUACUGAUAUGAUUGAGAGAGUAAACGGGUACAGGUAUCUCCUGGUCGCAGUGGAUGCAUACACUGGUUGGCCAGAAGCUAUGCCUGCAAAGAAGGAAGACGCAAAAACAGUGAUCAAAUUUUUGAUAAAUCACUACAUUCCGACGUAUGGGUUUCCAAAAAGAAUCAGGUCGGAUAACGGCACACACUUUAAGAAUAAAGAUUUGCAGGAGGUAGAAGCAGCGCUAGGACUGAAACACGCGUUUGGAGCAGUAUACCAUCCGCAAUCACAGGGAAAGGUGGAAAGAAUGAAUCAGUCCAUUAAAGGUAAAAUAGGAAAAGUGUGUGCUCAAACUAAAUUAAGCUGGGUGGAUGCUCUGCCCUUAGCCUUAAUGUCCAUCAGAAGCUCAGUUAAUUCAAUUACAGGGUUCACCCCUUAUGAGCUAAGAACAGGUCAACAGUUUCCCGGACCUGGAGCAGGGGUACAGAUGGUAGAUAGAGAAAGGGUUCAUGUAAGGUAUAAGCCAUACUAUGAUCAACUAACAGCUUUGGUUUCAGCUUUCUCGAAACAGGUUGGAGCUGUAAAGGGGGACCCCGAGAGGCAGAGCCCGCCUACAACAGACUGGGUCCUACGGAAAGUCAUCAAGCGGAAGUGGUCAGAGCCAAGGUGGACAGGACCAUUCAAGGUGGUGGAAAGGACAUCGCACGCACUCAGGCUGCAAGGAAAGGGAGACAGCUGGUAUCACUGGAGCCAGUGUGCUGCCACAGACCCUCCAAUCAGGACUAUAGAUCAGAUAAGACAAAGGAGGAGUAUAGUGGAGCAUUGA